AUGGAGAAACAGAAUCGCAGCGAUGCUGCACUGGCGGAGAAGGGCAAUGCAGAACCUCAGCAAGACUCGAAGACGUCGAGUUCAUCCCAGUUGCAAGAUGAGAAACCCAAGCCCCCAUACUGUGCACUCAGUCCCCAUCGACGAAGAUUCAUUCUCGGUGUUGUAACAGUUGCUGGAUUCUUUGGACCAUUUGCUGGAAACAUUUACUUACCAGCACUUCCUGUGUUCGGAGUCGGAGAGACUGCGAUGAACGCGACAGUCACCUCAUUCAAGAUUGUGUUCGCAUUCGCGCCUCUUUUCUGGACCAGCUUUUCUGACUACAAGGACGUCGUCCUUUGUAUAUCAUCUCCCUGGCGAUAUACAUAG